UUCAAUGAGUCUUUUUACAUACCUCCAUAAUAUACGGUCCGAUUUAAUUUCAUUAAUUAGUCACUAGCUUCUUCAUAGGAAGGUGAAUGGGCUAAUAUUCUAUUAUAUGAGCUCCUCCUUCCCUAUUGUUGUGCUUCCCUAUUCACACUUGCUACUCUACUAUCAUGGCUACCUCUCUUAGUGUCAAUACAGCGGGAAUUGGUGUUGGCAACCAGAUGGCACUUACUGAUCUCCGUGAAGGGAGUACCGGUCCCAUCACUGUUAUGGUCUGUAGAAAGUGGGACGUAACAAAUGUCAACGGACGCUACAUGAGCACGGACUAUGUCGUCAGCGAUGUAAAGGGAGGUAUGAUUCAUUGUACCGCACGGAAUAAUAUUGCACACUACUUCUUUGACAAAAUCAAGGAGGGUGGUGUAUAUUUACUAAAGGGUUUUACAGUCCAACGCACCGAUCAAUACCGUAUUUUAAAAGACAGCCCCUUUGUUAUCUGGUUGAACGGCUCCACGACUGUUAAGAGGGUUGACGAUACGAGUGGUUCAUUUACACGCUACCCGUUCUUACUUACCGCUUUUGAGGACCUCGAACCGACAGAGGGCAAGUAUUUUGUAGAUGUUAUAGGAUAUGUAACUGAGGUUGGCCCCCAAUCUGUGAAGGCAUCAGGUGCUCGCGCGGUUGAGUUUAAUCUAAACAACGAACGCAAUCGCCGAGUUAGAGUGACGUUAUGGGGAAAUUUGGGUGAUGCUCUGGUUAAGAAGAAGGUCGAAAACCCGGCUGUCUUUAACUGA